ACUCGGAUCGGUUUGGUUGGUCUUUUGCAUGGAAUUUAUCGUAUUGACCAUCUUCUGCUGCUGCGCUCAGAUGUUCUAAGGUAUUGAAUUGAUUGUUUGCUUGUAAAGCAGAAUACUUUAUUUUAGAUGCCGCAUUGAUUUUAGCUGGUGCCUGGUGGGGUUUAUCCAAGUUUCAUUUUUUGAACAGUAGUCAAUUGAUGAAAUUUAUACCUAUUCAAGUUUGAUUCAAAUUUACAGAUUUUUGGAUGCAAGCAAUCUAGUCUCUCUAUAAACUCUAUUCAGAUUAUCACGUUUAUUAGGAGGUUUUGGGGUGUGGCCAAAGGAUGGAUAUGAUCAACGGUCUAUCAGAUGACAUUAUUAGCCACAUUCUAUCUUUCCUUCCAUUCAAUGAGGCUACUUCAACAUCUGUCCUCUCAAAGCGAUGGCGUUAUCUGUUUGCCUUCAGACCGAAUCUUCAUAUAGAUGAUCAAGAAGUGGGUGGAGAACAAAUUUUCAUCGAUUUUGUGGACAGAGUAUUGUCCGCGUCUGGCAAUUUCCCCAUCAGGAAAAUCUCAUUAAAAUGUCAAACGACCAUCGACACUGGUCAUGUCACCCGCUGGAUGAUUGACGUGCUGAAACAUGGUGUCUUAGAUCUUGACAUAGACGUAUUACCCACUGAGCCGAUUUUAGUGCCUCUCGAGAUCUUCACUUGCAAGACAUUUGUUGCGCUUAAACUAGCACCUGCGUUUGAUGCUCUGAUUCCUGAUUAUGUUUCCCUCCCAUCACUCAAGACUCUGUCUCUUAGUUCGAUCUGGUUCUACAAUCGUAAUUAUUGUGCUUUGGAAAAGCUUCUUUCUGCUUGCCCUGUGCUUGAGGAGUUAACCAUUUAUGGCGGGAGCUGGGAAAAUCGAGAAUGCACUCGCACCGUGUCUUCUUCCACCCUUAAGAGACUUACUAUUCUCUGCACUGAGCGUUUGGAUUACUGGGACAUGACUUUAGAUACUCCGAGUCUUGCCUACUUAGAGUACUCUGAUAUAGUUCCCAAAAACUAUCCAUUUGUGAAUCUUGAGUCCCUUGUCGAAGCUAAGCUUGAUCUCACUUCCACUGUUGGUUAUAGCAAUCCAACAAAUCUGAUUAAGGGGUUACGAAAUGUGGAGACCUUGGAGUUAGCUAGUCGUACUUGUCGGGCAUUCUGUAAUUUCCGUGAAGCAAUCCCAGUGUUCAGCCAACUAUCUCGUUUAUCUAUUAUAAUUGAUUCACUCUACCACCGUUGGGAGCAUCUGCCAGUACUUCUAGAAAAAUCUCCAAAUCUACAGACCCUCGUCAUUAAGGGUCCAUUGUAUGCUGAUAGAUAUGAUGGAGAAUAUGGACAUUCAUGUCCUGUCAAAGUAUUGAAGAUAGCUGAGUAUGGAGGAAAGGUUGGAGAGCUAGAGCAUAUGAAACAUUUUCUAGAGCUACUGCCACGUCUUGAGCUUGUCAAAGUUCGUGCUUAUGCAAUAAACGACAAGGAAGAAUCUCGAAUUACCAACGAUCUGCUAAUGGUUCCUAGACUGUCCAAUUGCAAGAUCCAGAUCAAGUUUUGUGAGAGUACUAAGUAAUGCAUGGAAAAUAAAGAACACAGUAGUUUGUUACCUCCUACAGUUCACUAAUUAAGUCUCUCGGAUGUUUAAAACCGAA